AUGCUAGGGGGCGCUGCAGCGCUGGGGAUAGGCUAUGGCGGGGGUGGCAGUGGUAAACUGAGUCGAGAAAGAAAACAUCGAAUGAGAGAAUUGGCCACAAACAAGCUUUCCCAAGCAUAUCAUUUGGACGAGAUAGCCGCAAGCGUUGCGACAAUGCAGAGCGCCAGUACACUGGAAGACGUUGCGCAUCUUGUGUUGCAGAGGAAUCCCAACGAUGUCGACGCGAAGUACGUCCACUUCUUCCAUGAGAAGAUUCCAAGUCGGAUGAUGGCGCAGUGCACGCCGCUAGCCACUUUGAACGAGAUCAUAGCGGAAAGACCGAGCGAUGGGAGCCCGUUACGGACGCGCGCACUGACGCGCAUCUUCAAAGAAGACUAUGUGAAUUCGGCGAAAGACUUGAGCGAAGCAUUGAGCACGGCGCGAUAUAUGAUGCAGCAACAUAGAGCAGGAAAAGAUCAGUUGGUGCUGGCAAAGACGUAUCAGGAGCAGUAUGGAAGAGAUUGGAGACAAGAGGUCAAAAUUCCAGAAGAAGAUCAGCCAAGCUCGCUGGAGACGCAACUAUUGUUCCACCGUGCCGGUGUUUAUUUUACCAUAGCAUGUGGUUAUGUUCACCCUGCGCUGGACGGGUUACGAGAAGCAGAAGAAGCAAAAUCCAAAAGAGACAUUCAAGUUGCCGCGGGCGAAGAGCCACUCCCAUUGUCUGAAGACGAAGAUGAGGGAAUAAGAAGACGUGCCGAGGCCCGCAAGCAAGUCCGCCAAAAUGCCAAACGAGCGCUUCGCGACUAUAAUGCCUUCCUCUCCCAUUUCGAUUAUACCCCAGGCAUCUCCGCCGAGCUGGCAGAGGAAUUUCUGCGAAGACUCGGACAUCCCACAAAUGGCAACGUCCCCAAGGAAGUCUACAAGCCCCCACUUAACCGCCUCAUCGAAGCCCAAAAUUCAACCUCGCCAUCAUCACCUAUAUCCGAAGCUCUAGUCACACACUCUCGCCGAAACAACGAUCGCGCAUCGUGGCCAAAGCUCCCUCCCCCUGAGAUCUUCAAAGUCUCCCAACUUUUCGACGCUGUACCGCCAUCAACAUUACCUCCUUACCCACCGCCAACUCCAACAACUCCCGCCUCGGCCGCCGCAUCCGCCUUUGCCGACUCCCACGAAUCGAUCACCUACCACCCACUCCUCACCGACGCCCUGCACUCUCUCCUACUAUGCCACGCGCUCCUCCAAACGCCCAGCAAAGAACAUCUCCGCCAUGCCCACAACGCCGCCCGCCUCGCCCGCAUCUGCGACGGCUACCCGAUCUUCCUCGCCGCCCGCUCGCCCGCACGCGCAGACUGGAUCGAAGUCCUCCGCCGCGCUGGGAACUGGAUCAACCUCAGCACGUCCUGGGAAUCACUCUGCCGUCCCGCCCCACUCCCCGGCAACAACGAGACCGCCAAGAAAGAAGAGUCCGAGAAGCAGAAAACCGAGCGCAGAAAACACGAAGCUGUCCUCGAAGCGCUGGCGGAUGAACGUGUCGUUGACGAAGAAAGCUUUCAGCGAGCUGUUCGCGCCCGCGAGAGGAGGUUCGCGGAAGACGAGGCGGCGGAGAAAGAACCGGGGAGUCCCGGGACGAAUGGCGCGCCACCGAAACGCUGGGCCCAGGAUGAUGGGAGAGAGUAUCCGAUUAGUACGGAGCGCGCGGAGGCGAUUUCGCGCUGGGUGCGUGACGCGCCCAGUGUGGUUGAGGGCAGCGGUACGAAGAAGAGGCGCACGAAGGGUAAGGGAAAGAGAGCCCCGGGGCUGGGGAAGAGAGGGAGUACCGGAGUGAGUUUGGCGGAUAGUGUCGAGGGGUUGAGGGUUGAAGAGGAGGAGGGGGAGGAGGUAGAUGAGUAA